AUGACUACCGGGAACAUGUUUCAACCUACUACCUCACUGAGCCUACACCGCUUGAGCAGACAUAGCCUCCAGGACCGAUACGAAUCAGACGAAGAGGCUGUGUCUGAAUCUGAUACAGGCGCCCAGGAUCUACUUUCCUCGCCCGUAGGCUCACAAACUGGAAUCUUUGAUUCUGAUCUCAGUGCCGACGAGAAUUCUCACGCAGACCCCGAUUCUGAUCGGGAGGAAAAUAAUCUGGCUCCGCCAACAGUCAAACGGGCCCGGCCCGUCUCUUCUGCUACUGUCAAGAGAAACAGCGAGGCCACUUUCGACGAAGAUACGUACGUCUUUGAUCCGGAGGAGCAGAUGGUCCUCGAACUGCCACCCUCAGAUUCUCCGUCACAACUGGCAUCUAGCACCUUUCUACAGCCAUCGGUAUACGUCUGGCCAAAACAACCGCCAACCACCUCAAGGUCUCGCUCUACUUCACCUUCAUCGGUCUUUUCCGUAGAGGAUGCAGACAUUCAGGUUGCAAAGGAGGUGACCAUCAUGGAGCCCGGAACUCGUCCCACAGUGGUCUUGAUCAACCGUCUGGGGUCACUGUCAAAGACCUCAAAAUCCCGUCCCAGCCAUUCCCGCUCCCAGGAAAGCAGCCGCCACCGUUCUGUGCUCGCCAGGGCUGACAGCCGCCGACUUACCAUGCAACGCUUGUCAGACCCAGCCACCAAGUCAACGCGAGUAUCCGAGAAAAGAAGCACCAUGAAGCAGGCGCCCAAGAUAGCUCCAAUCCCAUCCCCAACCCCAGCCCUGGAAAAAGAAACACAGGUCACAUCCAGAGCAACCACCAAUCGAGUCUCCGAAACAUCCCCAGUCCUCUACUUCCCAGCACCACCACGCACCGUCCCAACCCAAGGCUACCCCCGAACUCGACCCCAAACCUCCGGUUUCGACAAGACAAUGCCACAACCACUAAGCCUGCCCGAAGACGCCAGACCAAAUAAUUACAACGACGCACCCUCCCAACUCACCAGACCCUGCAGCCCGGCCUCAAUCUCCUCGCCAUCAUCAUACUUCUCCUCAAAGCGCGUGCCCUCAACAUACAGUGUAUCGAAUAUCCUCACCAGUCGCUCCCCACUUAUGAUGCGUCGCAUGACAAGGAAACACUCUGCCUCCAGCGUGAAUUCAUUGAGUAGUCUGCGCUCAGAGGUCGGCGUCAACGGUCCCUCUUCAUCGCAGAUCUCCGUCGCUACUCAGCCCGCUCCUAUUCCUAGUGCUGACUGCCAUGUCGUGCGCAAGUCUAGCAAACGUCGCCAUACACGUCACGCUAGUGUUUUGCCCAGUGGGAGGGGCUUUAUGGGGUUGAAGCUGGGGAAGAGAUCGAAUACUAAGGCUUAG